CUCACUGUCAUCAGCUGUGCAGACUGGCAACUUUGCCAUCAUCGAGGAUAUGUUGUCACGUGGCCUGGAUAUCAACACAAAAAAUAACGAUGGUAAAACGGCUUUAAUUUUAGCUGCUUCGACUGGCAAAAUAGAUGCCGUAAAUUACCUCUUGGACAAAGGAGCUGAUCCCUUUAUUGAAGGCCACUCUGGCAUUACUCCACUGCACGCCGCUUCACAGGGUGGUAAUGUCACCAUCAUCGAGGGACUAAUGUCACGUGGUCUAGAUGUCGAUUCAAAAGAUAGUGGAGGGAGUACACCGUUGAUGUUGGCUGCAGGUUUUGGCAAGAUUGAAGCUGUAAAUUAUCUUUUAGACAAUGGAGCCGAUCCUUCUAUUAGAAACCAGUUAGGAAUAAAUUCACUGCACGUCGCUUCACAGGGUGGUAAUGUCACCGUCAUCGAGAAACUAAUGUCACGUGGUCUAGAUGUCGAUUCAAAAGAUAGUGGAGGCAGUACACCGUUGAUGGUGUCUGCAGUUUGUGGCAAGAUUGAAGCUGUAAAUUAUCUUUUAGACAGAGGAGCCGAUCUCUGUAUUAGAGACCAACAAGGGAGCCGAUCCCUGUAUUAA